GAACUAUUAGUAAUAAACUGACUGAAAUAGUUAAUUAAUUAUAAUUWAUAUUAAUUGUACAACAUUUAGCAACAGCCAAACACAUAUAAAAAAGAUUAAAUUAAACACUUAACUUACAAUAAUUUUGAUUAUUGAAUCAUCAUUUUUUUWAAUGUUUAUCACAACAAAAUUACCAAUGAUCUAGGUAGUCGUUCGAGUCCAAUUCGUCUAAUUGAGUAGUGCAUAGCGUCAUAAAGAAGCAGAUAGUCGUGUUCCAAUCGAUAUGUAUUAACCUUAUAAAUUUUCGAAAAUACCUACCCACUAAAAAAUUAUUUUGUACGAAUUUCUACUGUUGAACACAAUUUUGGACUGAAUUAAAAUGGCAGUAAUUUGUGAGGAGUUGCCAAAGUGUAACUCAUGUGAAGCCAGAGUAAUGAAUUAUACCCCAGAAUUUGUUAAACAACUUAACACUGAAUUUAGCAAAUUAAAAGAUUUUCAAAUKUUUAUUGUAAAAUACAAUAAAAAUCCUGAUUUGGUUAACGAUUUGUGUGAGACAUGUCGAAUUACGAAGUGGCGAAAGCUAAAAUACCCCAGUUAUAGUAAAAUGAAACAACAGUACCUACAGUCUGGUACUCUGAUAAAAAGCUUGUUUUCUUUUAGGUCAGCUUUAAUGUUUACAGCACUGUUACUAGGAAUCCUAUCAAAUUACUCUUUUAUUUUUUACACAUCUUCUAACACCAAAGGUCUCACACAAGAGAAAUUGAAGUCCACGAUGAUGUCAAUAAAGGAUCAUUUUCCGUCACUGCAGCGGGGCAUAGCAAACAAACUAGGUGCCGCUUUUUUACGGCUUCAAACGCCAGCGUUCUACACAAGCGUUUUGGCCAAAAAACAUAUAUUUAUUGACUCUAACCAAAGCUUAUGGAUGAAUGGAUCGGAGUGGUCUAGUUAUUCGGACAUCMAUCAUGAAGAYAAACUAUAUGAAAAGUUGAAUGAGCCACUUAAGAAGAACGAAGUGCUGGUGUUGGAAAACUUGCAAGACUUGCCGUGGUCAUUGGCCAAGGGGCUGCACCAUCUGUGCGACUCAGAAAAUCCGAAGUUUGCAAAAGCCAUGUACAUGCURGAACUUAAGGUGAAUCGUAACCUACAACAGUUAUCCGAAAGGGACAAGCUAGCAGUAGCCGAAGAGGCCAUGAACAUUGCAUGGAAGGAUGCCCCGAACGAGUUCAGAGCCCCACUGAUUACCCGGCUAACAUCAUUCGUAGAUGUAGUACAGUGGGAAUCGGAUAAACCAUGUUCAGAAGAUUCUUUCAUCAGAAUUUCACCAUGAAUCUUCUCUUUCACUCCAAUACAGCUUCCAUAUAGUAAGCUGACAAGUGGUUCACUUGUUCACUGCUCGCUUAUAUGUUGAUAAUUGGUAAUAAUUAAUAUUAUAAAAUCAUGAUUUUUGUAUCACAAUUUUUUUAUCUAUGCUUUGUCUKCUGAGACACUAGUUUUUUACUUUAUUAUAUAUUAUAUUUAUAAUUGUUACAUUUAUCUAUAAUAGGAAUGGUAUAUACUGUUAU